AUGUCGAGUCAACCUCUCCUCCAGACUGCCCCAGGCAAGCGCAUCGCCCUGCCCACCAGAGUCGAACCCAAGGUCUUCUUCGCCAACGAGCGGACCUUCCUCUCAUGGCUCAACUUCACGGUCAUCCUGGGCGGCCUGGCCGUCGGUCUCCUGAACUUCGGUGACCGCAUCGGCCGUAUCUCCGCCGGUCUCUUCACCAUCAUCGCCAUGGCGGCCAUGAUCUACGCCCUCUGCACCUUCCACUGGCGCGCAGCAAGCAUCCGCAAACGCGGCCAGAGCGGCAUCGACGACCGUUUCGGUCCCACCGUCCUGGCCCUCGCCUUGUUGGCGGCCGUCGUCGUUAACUUUAUCCUCAGGAUCACGGAGAACUAA